UCCCCUCUAGUUUACGAUCCUCACCCUCAUAUAAUAUAUUUAGCGUUGGUUUGAAGCUUCUCCUUUCUCUCUCGCUCUCUCUUUUCCUCAGCGUAUUUAGAUCCCUCUGCGAAGCUCUCCGAAGGGAUCAACAGCCAGAAAGAGAUAUGGGGCUGACAUUCACGAAACUUUUCAGCCGGCUUUUCGCCAAGAAAGAAAUGCGAAUUCUGAUGGUUGGUCUUGAUGCUGCUGGUAAGACUACCAUCCUCUACAAGCUCAAGCUUGGUGAGAUCGUCACAACCAUUCCUACCAUUGGGUUCAAUGUAGAGACUGUGGAAUAUAAGAACAUCAGCUUUACUGUCUGGGAUGUUGGGGGUCAGGACAAGAUCCGUCCCUUGUGGAGGCACUACUUUCAGAACACCCAGGGUCUUAUAUUUGUUGUGGACAGCAAUGACAGAGACCGUGUUGUUGAGGCUAGGGAUGAAUUGCAUAGGAUGCUGAACGAGGACGAAUUGCGUGAUGCAGUGUUGCUUGUAUUUGCUAACAAACAAGAUCUUCCUAAUGCAAUGAAUGCUGCUGAGAUUACUGAUAAGCUUGGCCUCCACUCUCUCCGCCAACGCCACUGGUACAUCCAGAGCACCUGUGCAACCUCAGGAGAGGGGCUUUAUGAGGGGCUGGAUUGGCUCUCUAACAACAUUGCAAACAAGGUAAAUAUUGAGACCUAAUAUCCCCUCUACAAGAUAUAGUAGGUCAAAUAUAUGUGCUCUAAGCAAACAUCGCACUGUAAUUUGGUUGGGAGUUAUUACUUAUCAAAAAAAAAAAAAUUGGUUAGGAGUUAACAACAUUAAAUUGUAUACGGGUGGUACACUUUUGUUGAUGGUCAAAUGUACUACAUUGGAUUUUAGAGCACGGAUGCUUCUUUUUCCAUCUUAUUGCUCCCAAUCCCCUUUGUUUUUAUCUUUGAAUGGGUAAUUAUUAUCUUUAAUUUUUGUUUAAAAAAAAAAUUAUACGGAUAUUUUUUGUCUUAAUGAAAAAAAAAAUUGGGUCAUUUUUGUUGGUUUAGGGGUUAUAUUGACUUUCUUUGGUAGUGUAGGGGAAGAUUGACAAUAGGGUGGUAAUUUGGGAGGUUAUGUAUGUGUACUUUUGCCUUGUUAUUCAUUCCAUUUUUAAUCUUGUUUUCUUCAAUUGCAGGCGUGAAGCUCCUGGGGAGUCGUUUUGUGCACGGGAAA